CAAGAGACUAACAAUAAAAUCAAUAACGACGAUGAGAAUAAUUAAAGAGAACAUAAAUAAAUAAUGAUCUAUCAUUGAAAUUUUGAUUAUUCUAUUAUAAAAUUGAUUCAUUCUUGUUAACAAAUUUCAUUGAAAUUACUGAUAUUUUAUUAUUAGUAGUAUUAUUAUGUAUGAAAAUCGGAGUGAUUGGCUUAUUAAUCAAUUGUUACCAUUGAAACCUGAUCCAAGAUUAUCAAAUUAUCCAUUCAUGUCAACAUGGACACCAACUGCAUUGAUUUCAUUCAUUUAUUGUAUUAUUGUAUAUAUAUGGCGUAUAAAAUUAAUACAAAAGAAAGAAUCAAAUACAAAUGGAAAUAGUAUAAAAAGAAUAAAUAGAAUACAAUGGAUUCAAUAUUAUAUGGCAUUAUAUAAUUUUAUUAUGGUUAUAUUUUUUAUAUAUUUAUCAAUAUCUAGUUUAAUUGUCAUACGUCAAUUGAAUUAUGGUUUAGGUUGUAUUGAAUUACCAGAUCCGAAUGAUAAACGUACAGAUGAUUUAGUGUAUUAUGGUUAUUUAUAUUUUAUUUCAAAAUUUGUUGAAAUGUUAGAUACAGUAUUUUUUUUAUAUCGUGGUAAAGUGGAUCAAGUAACAUUUUUACAUGUAUUUCAUCAUGCAUCCAUGCCACCAUCAGUAUGGUGGGGUUUAAAAUAUGCACCUGGUGGUGUAUUAUACAUGUUUCCAUUAAUCAAUAGUUUUGUGCAUAUUAUUAUGUAUACUUAUUAUGGUUUAGCAGCAAUUGGUUAUUAUCAAUAUUUAUGGUGGAAAAAUUAUGUGACAUUAAUACAAUUAAUACAAUUUUUAUGGUUUAUUAUACAUCAAGGACAAUUUAUAACAUUUAAUUAUCAUUCAUAUUGGAAAAAAGAACGUUUAGUUAAAAAAUUAAAGAAAAAUUGA